AUGUAAAUCUAAUUUGAUGACAUUUUGCAAAUCGCCUCCAGAGGAAACUACGUUAUUAAAUCCUUUGUAUUAUUAAGAUACCUGCCUAAGAAUUUAUUUACAGUAGCAACUGUAUACCAUCCUUCCUCAAGAGGAAUACUCAAGAAUUCUUUAAACUAAAAUAGUUACAAACAUAAUUCUUAAUUACAACAUCCAUGUGAAUUACAGAAGUCACAUCCCAUGAAGCAUUCAUAAAUUGAUAAUUAAAAGUAUAUUCCUAUCCAAUAAGAGUUUUAAGCUGACAUAGCUGCUGUAAGAGAAGAACUUGUCUGUUAAAAUGUAAUCGAAAUUGGGAAAAUGAGAUACUGUUGGUUACUUAAGCAUGAAUCAACUGAAACACUGUUAUUUGUAUAAAUCCUUUAGUGCUCAAUUUUACUAUCUAAAGUAAAAUAAAAUGUUAAGAUCAUAGUAGUUAUUUAAUUUAGGGAAUUUACAUCCAUAUAGUGUAUGUAGAUAAAAUUUGUGAUUUUAUUUCCUCAACAUUUUUAAAUCUAGUGUCAAUUAAUAGUGAGGUUAGAGUUCGAAAGGUUUGUAGAACAACUAUUGAUAUUCAUGAGUUUAGUUUAUGAAUAUUGCACAAUAAGCAUAACAAUUUCUUUGAAUUUAUGCGUAGACACAAUUAAAUUGAUUUUAACAUACAUACCAGACUUAAAUGAUAACAUUUUCAUUACUAUCAGAACUUUCACUAAAUAUGUCAUGUUAAACUAUUUUAUAUUAGGUGAAUGUUUUAAGAGGUAAAAUAUCAUCAAUAUGGAGGUUAUUUUCAUCUAUUCCCUAAAUAAUUGGAAUGAUACUGAAAAGAUAUUUCAUAUCUUCGAUAAGACAAUUUUCACUUACUUAUAAUCUAAAGUGGAUUAUGAAUAUUAAUGA